ACGUGCCCUUAGCCUUUAGCCGAUCUGUUGCAUAAAUUUCCGUGUGACUCUGGUUGCAGAAAUCCAUGCACCUGCUGCAGAGACAGCCGCCUUAGAUCAGAUGAUCUUCCACUAUGGAAAUUUCUGCAACAAAUCUGCCAUUUGUGACUAUACCCGAAGGUACACAGCCUCCCACCAGCUGAAUAAGUUAAGGCACAUGCUGGUGAAAGCCUACAGCACAAAUCACAGACUUCUGUGGACUCCUCCUCGUCACGUGACUGAUCAUAUAACGUCACCAUAGGUCCUUUAGCCCACUAGCAUCUACCUCGUACAGACUGCACUUUGUAUGGCUCAGGAAAAGGAGGAGACAUCAGAGUUCUCUGUGGCAGGAGCUGAUUCUGUGCCUUCUCGUACUGUACGGUCGCCUGCCUGCGGACGUCUACCUACGGCAUAGCUCUCUGUCGGACGUAACGAGGGGAUUCAUUUCGCAACGUGGACCGUUGAAUGACUGGGUGUCACCGGAUUAAGGUGCACAGUGCAGUUUCAUUGACAGGAGGCAAAGUAUAGGGUUGUCUCUAGCUGCUACAUUCCCCUGCAGCAGGUAAAAACAUGGGGGGGCUGGUAAGCUGCCUUGGAAUGGUUGCCAUGCGUAUCUUCUGAUCAUCAUCAUCAUCAUCAUCUGUUGAUUCAGAAGAAGAAAGAGAUCAGGAUCUAGGAGCUUGCGAGAUCUCCAUAUCUGUGAGGUUGCAGGACCACAGGUUGUAUUGCUUGACCAUCUAUCUUGCAUGCUUGUUAUUAGUAGGAGCCAUCGAUCAGCUGGAGAAAGUCAAUGGCUAGAAGCUGAACUGAAGAUCAAGCGUUAGGUGAUCCUUACCUCGAGCGCUCACUUGGAUUAGUUCCUUUAACAGACUUUGCCGGACGUGGUGAAGGCUCCCCCCCCCCCAUCAGGAGAAUGGAUGGAUGGUGAAGAAGCAUGAUCUACCCCGGCCUGGCUAGCCUCAUCAAGGGGCUCCUUUUAGCUACCGUGACACUAGGAUGGGCAGGAAAGGCCUCUGGACUGCAGUUUAUAGGUCGUGGAUACAACCUUACAGUUUCUCAAGGACAUGAAGCCAAACUGAACUGCAGUUUAUUAGGCAUGGAGAUGCCAGACAUCCAGUGGCUGAAGGAUGGCAUCGUAGUGCAGACUGUUGACCAGAUGUUCAUUCCAGUGAUGGAAGAUCAUUGGAUCAGCUUCCUCAGCUUAAAAAACGUGGAGCGUCCAGACGCUGGAAAAUACUGGUGCGAAGCGGAAAAUAACGGACUGAAGGCGGUGUCAGAGGCCAUCUGGAUCAUGGUAGAAGGUGUCCCAUAUUUCACCGUGGAGCCAAAGGACAUGGCUGUGUUAAAAAACAACUCCUUUAAUAUUUCUUGUGCGGCCGUAGGACCCCCAGAGCCUCUGACUAUUAUAUGGUGGAUGGGCGAUUCCCCUGUUGAAAGGAAGCCAGAGAGCUCCCCGUCUGUUCUAUCAGUACCAGGAAUCCUUCAAACCACUGUGUUCUCAUGUGAAGCUCACAACUUUAGGGGGGUCUCGUCAUCCAGAGCGGCUGUUGUUCACGUCAAAGGACUGCCACAUCCACCAUACAAAUUGUCCGUAGGUGAGGUGACAAGCGCCACAGCAGCUGUGACCUGGAGUCCAGGGUUUGACAACUAUUCUCCGCUGCUGUCUUGCACAAUGCAGGUUAUGCUGCUGCAAGAUCAACGUGAAAUGUAUUCACAAAAUAUUAUCGUACCCCCCUAUAGUGUUGUUUUGGAUGAACUUAAGCCGCUGAGCAAUUACAGCAUCCGUCUGCAGUGCGCCAAUGAAGUGGGAGAUUCCGAUUUCACAAACUGGUUAUCUUUUCAGACGCUAGAGUCGGUUCCAUCACUUGUGCCACAAAAUGUCCAUCUGACAAGGACAGACUCUGGCUUAAUUUUAGAAUGGGAAGACGUUCCACCAGAUCUACAAAACUACAGUCUGCAGGGAUACAGAGUGCAAUGGGAGCAGGACAAUAUAACACAGGGGGAACUGAUUGUUCAAGGAAAUCAAGUCAACCUGACUUUCUGGGAUCCUCAGAAAGACUUAACUGUGAGGGUCUGUGUGGCUAAUUCUGCUGGGUGUGGACCUUGGAGUGACUUUGUUCUUGUGGCCUCCAAAGAAAAGCCUGGUCAGCAAAGACGCCCACAUACAAGAAUGUCUUGGGUCCCUCUGGUUUUGGGUAUCCUUACUGCCUUAGUGACGGUUGUGGCUAUGACCUUGAUCUUUCUGCGGAAAAGAAGAAAAGAAACAAGAUUUGGACACAUGUUUGGCUCAAUGCUUGGUCGGGGUGGUCCAGUCAUCCAGUUUACUGCAGCCAGGUCUUUUAACAGGAGGGGAACUGAGGUCUUGGAGGCUACAUUGGAUAGUAUCGGCAUUAGUGAUGAGCUAAAAUCCAAGCUUACAGAUGUCCUCAUUCAGCAGCAGCAAUUUACUUUAGGGCGUACGCUGGGAAAAGGAGAGUUUGGCUCUGUCAGGGAAGCUCAGUUGAAGACAGAAGACGGGUCACUGCAGAAGGUUGCUGUGAAGAUGCUGAAGACGGAAAUUUUCUGCUCCAGUGAUAUUGAAGAAUUCUUGAGAGAAGCUGCUUUUAUGAAGGAGUUUGACCAUCCAAACGUCUGCAAAUUAAUAGGAGUGAGUUUGAGAAGUCGUACCAAGGGAAGACUGCCAGUUCCAAUGGUGAUCCUGCCAUUUAUGAAGCAUGGUGAUCUGCACACCUUCCUACUGAUGUCACGCAUCGGGGAAGAGCCCAUUACCCUGCCCAUCCAAACCUUAGUCCGGUUCAUGAUUGACAUCUGCAGUGGAAUGGAGUAUCUCAGCUCGAAAAGUUUUAUACACAGGGAUCUCGCCACUCGCAACUGCAUGUUAAACGAGGACAUGACGGUGUGCGUUGCUGACUUUGGUCUCUCCAAGAAGAUCUACAGCGGAGACUAUUACCGUCAAGGGUGUGCAUCCAAACUCCCUGUAAAAUGGUUGGCGUUGGAAAGCCUGGCAGACAACGUCUACACCGUGUACAGUGAUGUGUGGGCGUUUGGCGUCGCCCUUUGGGAGAUAGUCACACUGGGACAAACCCCUUACGCCGGCAUUGAGAACUCUGAAAUCUACAGCUACCUCCUUUCUGGAAAUCGAUUGAAGCAGCCGCCGGACUGUCUGGAUGAGCUGUAUGAAAUGAUGUGCCAGUGCUGGAUCACUGAGCCCAAACGGAGACCCUGCUUUUCAGACCUUAAAAGACGCCUGGAAGCUAUUUGGGGACGUCUUUCCAUUCUAUCAGAAAGUCAAGAUCCACUGUAUGUAAACCUCGGGGAGACUUGUGGAGCCACUGCUGCAGACCCCAUGUUGCACUCUGCAUUUGACAAUGAUGACCAAUGCUGUGUGGACACUUCUCAGACAUGUGGUGCAACAGCAGUCAGUAGCGAUUACCGCUACAUUGUGAACCCUGGGUGCCUUAGAGAAGCAGACGAGUGGCCUCCAAAUGUACAAACCGCAGAAGCAAGAGGCCUCCUGAAUGAGGAGGAGGAAGAGGAGGAUGAUGAUGAUGAAGAAGAAGAAAUUCAGGAAGGUUGCGUGGUCAUUAACCUCUAGUACAAACCUCUCGAUGGAAAAGUACCCAUAAACGUUAGAUGACUGUCACCUGAUUUGGCGACCACCACCUGCUUGGACAUGUGAUCUCUGGGAAGCGGGUCAGCAGAUCUCGUUCCGAUGAUCCCUACUGAAUCCCUUAGGCUACCUGUACAAGAAUGCCGAUUUCAAACCGGAAAUUUCGCUCAAUUUUUCUUACGGGUUCCUGUGCAUUUCCGCACCAAAAACCACAUGUGGUACUUGCGGUUUUUGGUGUGGAUUUUCUGCAGCUCUCACCCUUGCACACAAAAAAAAGCUGCAGAUUUCUAACUCUGCACGGCAGGUGCCGAUCAAUAUCAGCACAUAAAAAAUAGGCAAAGUGUACAAGAGAUUUGUCUAAUCUUAUACUCUUUUUACAUAGAAAAAAUGUGUGUAAUCUGCAACAUGUGCAGGUAGCCUUGGGAGACAUUCACAUGACAGAUUUGACAGCGAAAUUUUGGUGCGGACGGCCACGGCAAAAUUUCGCUGAAAACCCGCCAGUGGCAGCGUCCUUUCAAUGGGAAGCAGUGCUGAGGAUGUCCUCUUCUCGGCGCAGCUGCGGCUACUACAGCAAUCCUCAGUGCUGCCUCCUAUUGAGGUGUAUGGGAGACACAAAGGACGAGGGCUGCCAGCGGAUUUUCAACGGGGCUGUCUGCGCCAAAAUGCAUCGUGUGCACGUCCCCUAAAGGUGCAUUCACAAAUGGCAGAUUUGUUCCAGAAAUUUGUGCCACUGUCCCAUUCACCUAAAUGGGGCUUGCACAAAUCUAUGCACAUGCUGCAGAGUGAUCCCACUGUCUGGCUAUGCUACUCCCUCAGGCUGCAUUUACAUCUACGUUUCGGAGAUCUGGCUGCCUAGUCCGCCGCAAACGCAAAGUUUUUUCUUGUCCGGCUGAAUCCUGGCAUUUAUGCUGGAAGUCGGCCAGAUGCUGCUGGACCUCAUUGCAGUCAAUGUGGAUCUGGCGGUGAAGCAGAGGAUCCGGAAGGCUGCUCUGUGCCGGAACAGCGAAUGAAACCUAACGCCUGCAAAAACAUCAUGUGUGACCAGCCUUCUUUUAAUGUGUAUGGGUACCUUGAAAGAGAGACUCCUAGCAGGCUGUGAUACCUUUUUAUAGCACCAAGACUUCAGAAGGGCCCUUAAAGCCAUUUAAUAAAUGUAUUAGCCUCAAACUAAGCUAAAGAGCACCAGGUGGUCACUAUUGGUUACUUUAUUUUCCGGGCAUGGGUGAAGCUAUACGUUUUUCAUCAUCAAACCUACUAAUCUGUUUAGUUUCUUGCUAUAAAAACCGCACUGUAUAACUAUAAAAAAAAAAAAAAUCAGGUGACUGUGAGAUCUACAUCUUCUAUUGUAUAUGUUCCUAUUUAAGAUUGGGUCCUUGCAUAGAGGAGAUCCAGGGAUAACGCUAGAUGUAUAUAUUUUUUUACACGACUAAAGUACAUAGCUAGCAAUCUCUUCUUUUUAGGUAUCACAGCCGUAGCACACGAUCAACUUGUCGGUGAGACAUCCUCUCUUCAACUUCUCAAUGCAAAAUAUAGAGAAAGCUCUGAUUUUCUAUUCGGGCACAAACACUUUUAGAAGAGAUUUAUCAAAACUGGCGUAGAGGAAAAUCUGGCAUUCUGAUUCCACCUUUCAUUUCCCAAAGGAGCUGUGAAAAAUGAAAGGUGGAAUCUAAUUGGUUACACCAUUUUUGAUAAAUCUUUUAAGUAUUUUUUUUAUUUUUAUGGACUUGGACCACAAGGAACUGGGAUAUAGAGGGAGAACUAGGACUUCAAUAACUGAUGUUUUUAGCUGGAAAAAAAAUGUUGGCUUCAUCCAAGUAGAAUUCUGUCACUCUAGAACAAACUGGGUUUUGCAUGUAUGAUAUUUAGUUCAUAUAAUGUAUGUGUUUUUCUUUUUUUUCUUUUUAGCUACGCGAACAACUGUUGUACUAUUAUGCUUCCAGAACCAAAAUAAUAUUUUUCUAGAAUGUGUGACUUUGAAUUUAUUUGCACCACUCAACUUGAAAAUUCUGAGUGAAGUGAUAAUUUAUUGGUUACAUUUUAAAAUGUACCUCUCAUUUUAAUUAGAUUAGGGAGGUACACCCCCUUAUCCCCUUACACGCACAUUUAUGUAAGGCUGCGUUCAGUUCUCGGUGCAAAUGCCAGCUGUGGGCCGGACAAAAAAAAACCCUUGCAUGCAACGUUGUUUGUCCGGCUGAAACACAGAAUUUAUGCCGAAAGUCGACCGGAUCACAGCCAGGCCUCAUUGCAGUCAAUGUGCAUCCGGUGGUGAAGUAGAGCUUAGAACAGCCUGCCUGAUCUCCUAACGGACAUGUGAACUCAGCCUUAGGGCCCAUUCACACAACUGUAAGGGCUCCCUGUCCGUAUUGCGGAAUGCAAAUGGUGGGUCUGCGAUUAUACGGCCACCAGCCGUGUGCACUCAAUGGUGCGGACUGUGUAAAUCCCGUAUUGCAGUGUGGACCCACUGACUUGCAUGGGUCCGCGAUCUGCAAGAUACAGCCAAAGAUAGGACAUGUCCUAUCUUUUGCGGAACAGAGGCACGGAUCAAAAGCACCUGCGAGCCACCUCACCGCAAAAGAUAGGACAUGUCCAAUAUUUUGCCUUAUUUUGUGGAUUCAAGUCAGUGGGUCCGCAUCGCAAAACGGUAUUCACACUAUUUGCGGUCCCCAGCACAGGCACUGAGCCCUUUAGGGUCGUAUGAAUGGGCCCUAAAUAGGAGCCGUAUACAAGACCAUAUUGAUUAGAUCCCCUAGUGGUUAAAAAUAGCAGAACAAGAUUUUUGGAGAGAAUAUUAUUGGUGCUUCAUGCUAAUUUUUUUUUAUAAACAAUAGAUAUAUUGAGAAAAUGCUUAUAAUCCAUGCAUUCUUAAAGGGGUUGUCUAAUCUUAGACAUUGGUGGUUUAUCUAUAGAAUAUGCCACCAAUGUCAGAUAGGUGCAGGUCCCACCUCUGGGGCCCCUGAAAGUGAAGGAGAGCACGCCACAUAUGCGUGUCGUGCUCUCCAUUCAUUUCUAUGUGGGG